CAGCUUUGGUAUAUCAAAGUGGGUGUCUUUUGCUCUUGUUUCAUAGUGCUCUCUCAGCUCAUAAGUCAUACAUGAACUGAAGCAAGCAUCUUUUUCUUGGUUGAAGCUAUGGAUUCUCUGCUUCUUGGGUCCUUCCCAAAAGCUUCUUUAGCAUCGUCAAAACUCGUAGGUGGGAACAGUUGGAGAAGGGAGAAUCUCAAGAAGAUUUGCUUUUCGGGUUCAUAUACUGCAGUCAGAGUUUCAAGGUGCAGAGAAUGGGACAUCCUGCAAAGAUACUGUGCUGUUGGGUCUCUGCCUCCUCAACAGCGUAAGCAUCAUAACACAGGCACCAAGGAAAAUUCUACAUCCUACAGGAGGCAUAAAAAGUUCCUGGUGAAUGCAACUGCUGGUCACCCCCUUGAUUCUGAACCCGGAGCUUAUAAUGCGAAAAACGUUUGGAACACUAUGAAAAAUGCAACGGAUGCUUUUUACCGGUUUUCAAGGCCGCACACAGUUAUAGGCACAGCAUUGAGCAUAGUUUCGGUUUCUCUCCUUGCAGUCCAGAAUCUGUCAGAUUUCUCUCCCUUAUUUUUCACUGGGGUGCUGGAGGCUGUAGUUGCUGCUCUUUUAAUGAAUAUUUACAUUGUCGGUUUAAAUCAGUUGUCUGAUAUUGAUAUAGACAAGGUUAACAAGCCUUAUCUUCCAUUGGCAUCAGGGGAAUAUUCAGUUGGGACUGGCAUCAUGAUUGUCACUUCUUUUGUUGUUAUGAGUUUUUGGCUGGGAUGGAUUGUUGGUUCAUGGCCAUUGUUUUGGGCCCUUUUCAUCAGUUUUGUACUGGGAACUGCUUAUUCAAUCAAUGUGCCACUACUGAGAUGGAAGAGGUCUGCUGUGGUUGCAGCAAUGUGCAUCCUAGCUGUUCGAGCAGUGAUAGUUCAACUUGCUUUUUUCCUGCACAUGCAGACCCAUGUGUACAAAAGACCGGCUGCGUUCUCGAGGCCACUAAUCUUUGCAACAGCAUUUAUGAGUUUCUUCUCUGUUGUUAUAGCAUUAUUUAAGGACAUACCUGAUAUUGAUGGAGAUAAAAUAUUUGGCAUCCGGUCUUUUACAGUGCGUCUGGGACAAAAGCGGGUAUUUUGGACAUGUAUAUGGCUACUUCAAAUGGCUUAUGGUGUGGCCAUUUUAGUGGGAGCAACAUCCACCUUCAUGUUGAGCAAAUGCAUCACGGUUUUGGGACAUGCAAUUUUGGCUUCGAUACUCUGGAGCCGAGCAAAAUCUGUCGAUCUCACCAGCAAAGCUGCAAUAACAACCUUCUACAUGUUUAUAUGGAAGCUCUUUUAUGCUGAGUAUCUACUUAUCCCACUUGUUCGAUGAGAGGAGGAUACAAGUUGUUCGAGAUUAUGUGUUAAGUAGCCCAAGGAAUUGCCUUCAAAAUCGUAGAGGGUAAUUCAACUGCUAUGGUUAGGCUGAAUUUGUUCACCAUACAUUGUAACGUAGAAUCUGAGAAAGCAAAUAUUUAUUCAGUGAUGCACUGCAAACUGAGUGGCUACUAAUAGAGACCUUAACCCCCAAUCCGUACAGCGGGUUCAUGGGCUUUUUCUAGAAUUUGAGAUUUCAUAAUUUCAUCGA